AUGAAGUGAUUAUUUUCUCUCGGAUUCUUUGAAAAAGCUCGCUUGGGCUGGGGUUUGUGGCUGAGGCGGUGACGUCAGUGUGGCAGUGCAGAGUCAGGCGCCUCGGCUCCCUAUAAGCCGGGAGCUGUCCGGGUGCUGAAACGGCCUGAGCAGCUCACCAGGAGACGGAGGACAUGCUGUAGACCUUCUCUGCCAUAUCAAAGAGAGGAAAUCCUUAAGACAUGGCAGAAAUUAAGACCCACCAGCUGGGAGCAGCUAUCUUUCUUAUCCAUUUAAUUUUCCUCAUCUCCGGAUCUGAAGCAGCUUCAUUUCAACGUAACCAGCUGCUCCAGAAAGAACCAGACCUCAGAUUGGCAAAUGUUCAAAAGUUUCCUAGUCCCGAAAUGAUCAGGGCUUUGGAGUACAUAGAAAAGCUCCGGCAGCAAGCUCACAAAGAAGAAAGCAGCCCAGACUAUAACCCCUACCAAGGCGUCUCUAUUCCUCUUCAGCAAAAAGAAAAUGGUGAGGAAAGUCACUUGCCAGAGAGUUCAAGAGAUUCGCUGAGUGAAGAUGAAUGGAUGAGGAUAAUACUUGAAGCUUUGAGACAGGCUGAAAAUGAGCCUCAGUCUGCACCAAAAGAAAACAAGCCCUAUGCCUUGAAUUCAGAAAAGAACUUCCCAGUUGACAUGACUGGUGAUUAUGAGACACAACAGUGGCCAGAGAGGAAGCUCAAGCACAUGCGGUUCCCUCUGAUGUAUGAAGAGAGUUCCAGGGACAACCCCUUUAAACGUACAAAUGAAAUAGUAGAGGAACAAUAUACACCCCAAAGUCUCGCUACACUGGAAUCUGUCUUUCAAGAGCUGGGGAAACUGACAGGGCCAACCAACCAGAAACGUGAGCGGGUUGAUGAGGAGCAGAAACUCUACACAGAUGAUGAAGAUGACAUCUAUAAGGCCAGCAACAUUGCCUAUGAAGAUGUGGUGGGAGGAGAAGAUUGGAACCCCAUAGAAGAGAAAAUAGAGAGUCAAACCCAGGAGGAGGUGAGAGACAGCAAAGAGAAUACAGAAAAAAAUGAACAAAUCAAUGAAGAAAUGAAGCGUUCAGGGCAGCUGGGGCUCCAGGACGAAGAUCUUCGGAAAGAGAAUAAAGAUCAACUCUCCAAUGACGUCUCCAAAGUGAUUGUCUAUUUAAAAAGGUUAGUGAAUGCUGCUGGGAACGGGAGGUCACAGAAUGGACCAAAUGGGGAAAGGGCAGCUAGGCUUCUUGAAAAGCCACUUGAUUCCCAGUCUAUUUACCAGCUGAUUGAAAUCUCAAGGAAUUUACAGAUACCCCCUGAAGACUUAAUUGAGAUGCUCAAAACGGGGGAGAAGCCAAGUGGAUCAGUGGAGCCAGAGCAGAUUGAUCUUCCUGUUGACCUAGAUGAUAUCUCGGAAGCUGACUUAGACCAUUCAGACCUGUUCCAAAAUAAGAUGCUCUCCAAGACUGGCUAUCCUAAAACACCUAGUCGUGCUGUGGCAGAGGCCUUACCAGAUGGGCUCAGUGUGGAGGACAUUUUAAAUCUCUUAGGGAUGGAGAGUGCAACAAAUCAGAAACCACCAUAUUUUCCCAAUCAAUACAACCAAGAGAAGGUUCUUCUGAGGCUCCCUUAUGGUCCUGGAAAGUCUAGAGUCAAUCAGCUUCCCAAAGCUGCCUGGAUGCCAGAAGUUGAAAACAGACAGGUGCCUUCUGAGAACCUGAAUGACAAGGAUCAAGAAUUAGGAGAGUACUUGGCCAGGAUUCUAGUUAAAUACCCUGAGCUCAUUAAUUCAAACCAGGUAAAGCGAGGGCCCAGUGCAGGCUCAUCUGAAGAUGAUGAUGUACAGGAAGAAGACCAACUCGAGCAAGCCAUCAAAGAGCAUCUGAGUCAGGGCAACUCUCAGGAGAAUGAUAAAUUGGCACCAGUAAGCAAAAGGUUCCCAGUGGGGCCUCGGAAGAAUGAUGACUCCCCAAACAGACAGUACUUGGAUGAAGACCUGCUAAUGAAAGUUCUGGAGUACCUCAACCAAGAAAAGGCUGAAAAGGGAAGGGAGCAUGUGGCUAAGAGAGCCAUGGAAAAUAUGUAAGCAGCUUUCAUAAAUUGCCCUAUCUUCACUCCUCCUACCCAAAGUGAACCUCCACAUUUCUCUUUCGUGUGUUGACUUCUAUCCUGUUAACACUGUAAUAUCUUUAAAUGAUGUAUAGGCAGAUGACUUCAGAUCCCUGGGGACUCUGCUUCAUUUACUCUGAGCUGUUCUCUUGUGUAUGGAUAUGUGUAAAUGUUAUGACUCCUGGAUUAAAAAAUUAUUAUGUUCUUAUUCAAGAAAGAUAUCUAUGAUAGUUGUUUAAUAGUAUAUCUAACAGCUGUGGCAUUGUUGAUGUUCACAGAUGAUAAGGAAUGUCCUAUAAUUCUCCUGAAAGUUUUUAAUAUUUAUUGAAUUAUUUUGUUACUGUCUGUAGUGUUUUGUGGAGUACUGAAGCAAAAACAAUAAAGCAUUAUAAAUAUAUAGUUUUACUUAUAAGGCCUUUUCUAUUGUGUGUUUUAUUGUUGAUUAAUAAAUGUUAUUUCUGGA